GGAAGUGUCUGCCAGGAAGAAUGGAGUUAGGGGCCUGCAGGGUUGCGUUUGAAAAGGAUGGUGUCUAUCUACACACCAGUGCAAAGCGUCAUCCCGAUCAGGAUUCUAUCAUCCCGGGGGUUAUCCGCAUAAUUGAAAAGGGCUCAGAUACGUUGCUACAAUGGAUGCCCGUAGAGGAGACUUCAGACGCUGCUCAGAUAACGUUCACUAAGAAGGACACGGUGGGCUGCCAAGCUGAUGAAGAAAUCUUUGACCCAGGGUAUGAGCCGGACUGGGCCGUCAUCAGUACUGUGGGGACUCCGUCUCGGGUCCAGGAGGAAACAAAUGCGGCUUCUGGGCCAAAGUCUCCUGUUCCACGUGGCCAGUGGGCUUUCACGCUCCACUUGUCUGAGCUGAAAUCCAUCCGUAAAAGCAAGCCAGGUCUGGGUUGGUCGUACCUCAUCUUCAUCACCAAAGAUGGGGUCUCCAUUCAGGCCCUGCACUUCCACCGUGGGGGUACCAAGGCCCUUCUCAAAGCCCUUUGCAAAUAUGUCAUCUUAGCCACCUCCCCUAAAGAUUCCCGGCUCUAUCUGGUUUAUACGCACGAUUCCUAUGCCCUCACCCACUCUUUCGAUGAACUGCAGCUCUUCGACGACAGUUCUUCUAACCUCGUUUCGCGAUUCUUGCAGGAUCCUUAUGCCGCCACCUUUGGGGGCUUCUCCAAAGUCACCAAUUUCUUCCGCGGGGCUCUGCACCACGAGGACGGGACCCCCCAGCAUCCCCAGAGCGACCCUGGCGCUGGCAACGUCGAGGACGAGACGGGCUUUGAGUUGAUCACCUGUCAGGCACGACUGGCAGAGCGGCCCUCCGUCCAGCGGGAAGCCCCGGUCACGGAACAGGAGUGGGAGCAGCACCUGGAUCCCUGUGGGCGUGUGGUGGACCCCAGUGGGCUGCGCAGGAGGAUCUUUGCUGGGGUGAGCUUGACUGGCGUCCGGGGAAGCAGGAGAGGCCCAUUGCAGGCCAGGAAACAGCAGGCGAAGGAGAAGAGGGCGGAUGAGUAUUUCCGCAUGAAGCUACAGUGGAAGUCGGUCAGCGAGGAACAGGAACGACGGAACUCCUUGCUGCGUGGCUACCGCAGCCUGAUUGAAAGGGACGUGAGCCGCACGGAUCGGAACAACAAGUUCUACGAAGGCAGUGAGAACCCGGGCCUCGUGCUCCUUAAUGACGUGCUGAUGACCUACUGCAUGUACAAUUUUGACCUUGGAUACGUUCAAGGCAUGAGCGAUCUCCUCUCCCCAAUCCUUUACAUCACCCAGAAUGAAGUGGAUGCCUUCUGGUGCUUCUGUGGGUUUAUGGCGUUAGUGCACCGCAACUUUGAGGAAAGCCAGGAGUCCAUGAAGCGCCAGCUGGCCCAACUCACCCUGCUCCUCCGGGUGCUCGAUCCGCCGCUCUGUGACUUCCUCGACUCCAAGGAGUCCGGCACUUUGUGCUUCUGCUUCCGGUGGAUCCUGAUCUGGUUCAAGAGAGAAUUUGCCUUCUCUGAAAUUCUGCAGCUGUGGGAGAGGCACAAAGGCGAGCCCCUUUUCCGUCCUAAUGCUGCGAACCGGGUCUCGGGUGGGAGCCAGGGGGGAGGGGGAGGGCAGGAGGCACGGUCUGGGAACCUGGCCUCCGCCCUCCGGUCUGGUCGGCGCUGGUAUGAGAGACCUGCUGGGGACCCGCCCAUCCCUCGCCUGGAGUUACACGACCUGCCCCGCAACGUCCAGGAGCUUCUGGGCCUUUCCGAGGGCAAGUCUCCGUCCCCCAGCACGGACACGGCGAGCUCUCCGCAGCCCCUCUCCCCCAGCCAGGCCCAGGAGAUGGAGCUGACGGACAGCGUUUCCCCGAGCCAGCCGGACAGCAGCAUCGAGAUCUUGCCGACCGAGGAGGGGACCACCUCUCAGUCUCUCUCUCCUUGAGGGCAACAGUCCCGUCGUCUCCACCGCCACCAUCUUCCUUAACGCAAGCACUUUAACCGGAGCAGGGUGAGGGCUGAGGCCAAGGUCCAGGGAGGGGGGGGGAGUGGAUAUUUGGGGUGUGGGGUUCUCCCCAGCAAGUCGGCCGUAGGAACGUCAGCCGUCCGGAGGGACUCCGGGCCACGGAGACAGCUGUGUCCUCCCAGAGUUCCGUGAGAGGGGGAAGUUGAUCUCAGAGAGGCAGCACGUCAUGUGCCUUUCCCAUGAUGCACAGCGGGUAUGGCGCGUGCUCUUUCUCUCUCCCUCUCUCUUUCUCUCUCUCAGAAGGCACCAAGGCUUGGUGGAAAGGUCACUUUCCUGGAGACAGAAGGGAGUCAGUGAAUGCCGCUGUUUGUUUUCUCCUCUGACUUCCACACGGUAGUCUAGCUCAAAACCUCUCAGCCUCUCCCCUUUCCUUCUAACGCUACUUGUGAGAGAAGCCAAAUUCCUCAUGGCCUCCCGGUCAAGGGGCCUGGCUCUACACUCGCCUUUGCACACGUGGCUCUGUUCCAGUCCUCUUGUGAUUUUACUCUCCUGCAUCUGCCUCGCUGUUCUUCCGCAUUUGCCUAUUCAGUC